UUUUUGAGAUUUUUUCUAGUCUUCCAAUUAACAGGCAAAGAAAAAAUGAAAAAUCUGCCAAACGAAGUAAAAAUUGAUAUUUUCAAAUGUCUCGAUUUCUAUCAAUUAAACAAAGCUCGUCAAAUUAAUAAACAUUUUUGCGCUUUGAUUGAUGAAUUUGAAGAGAAAUUGGCAUGCAAGAGACAAGUUUAUUAUCAUUCUCGUCAACCAGAACUCUGUAAUCGUUGCAGUCGUGAAUUAAAUGAUGGACAGCACUGCCGUUAUGGUAUGACAAAUCCUUGUCCAAUGUCAUCAACCUAUCGCGGUUUUCGUAUUGGUAUGGGUUUUAAUCGAAUGUGCAUGAAUUGUGGACGGUCAUUUCAGUCAGGUUCCAAUUUUGAAUUUGAUGGUGGCGAUGCUUUUAUGUAA